CGAAGCUGGACUGGCUGAGUUUUUAUAAACCUGAUCAAAGGAAGGUACAGGGAACAGAAAAAAAAAAAAACGCACACUUUAUUUUUCUUGUUUAUUCGUGAAUAUGGUUGCUGUCAAGUUACAAAAGGAAGAAAACAGAAAAGCUUUCCUCUCUGUCUUUCCCACUUUAGCAGAUGAAGUCCUUGCUGAGCUUAGAAAAUACAACAUGCCUGAAGAUGCUUAUGAAUGGACAAAGAAGAACUUGUUUUAUAACGUUCCUGGUGGUAAAUUGAACCGUGGUAUUUCUGUUGUCGACACCGUUCGUAUCUUGAAGGGAGAAUCAGUCACUGAAGACGAUAUCUUCAAGGCCACCGUCCUUGGUUGGCUUGUUGAAUUCCUUCAGGCUUUCUUUUUGGUUUCUGAUGAUAUCAUGGACGCAUCCAUCACUCGUCGUGGACAGCCCUGUUGGUAUAAGACUGAAGGUGUUGGUAUGGUUGCUAUCAAUGAUGCCUUCAUUCUUGAAUCUUGCAUCUACAUCUUUUUGAAGAAAUAUUUCAGAAACACAGACUAUUAUAUUGAACUCGUUGAGUUGUUCCAUGAGGUUACUUUCCAAACUGAGCUCGGCCAACUCUGUGAUCUCAUUACUGCUCCUGAAGACCAUGUCGAUUUGAGCAAAUUCUCUAUCAAAAAACAUCAAUUCAUUGUCAUUUACAAGACUGCUUAUUAUUCUUUCUAUCUCCCUGUUGCCUUGGGAAUGUACAUGGUUGGUAUCAAGGAUGAAAAGGCAUUCAAGAGCGCACAUGACAUCUUGAUUCCUUUAGGCGAAUACUUCCAAGUCCAAGAUGAUUAUCUUGACUGUUAUGGUGCCCCUGAAGUCAUUGGCAAGAUUGGUACAGAUAUUAUGGAUAACAAGUGCUCUUGGUUAAUCAACCAAGCUUUGGCCAAAGCUAACCCUGAACAACGCAAGACCUUGGACGAAAACUAUGGAAAGAAGGAUGCUGAAGCCGAAGCCAAGGUUAAGCAGUUAUACAUUGAUCUUGACAUUGAAGGAACAUACAAGGCUUAUGAAGAAAAGUCUUAUCGUGAGUUGACUGCUCUCAUUGAACAAUUGGAUGAAUCUGUUGGACUUAAGAAGCAAGUCUUUAUUGAGUUCAUGGACAAGAUUUACAAGCGUACAAAAUAACUUUGAUAAUAAAAGCUAAUUAUUUACCUGUUUUAUGAAAUAAAGACUCAACCAUUUUUUAAGCAUAUAAUCAAAUGGAGAUAAAAAGUUCACCACUGUUGUUACAAUUCUCUGAUCCGUUAUUUUUGUAGAGUAAAAGGUUAAGGAGGCGGUUAUUACAAGUAUAAAUAAAAGAAAAUAUUACACUGU